AUGUCUUUACUGUCAGCCGACGUUAUUCUACGUGCAGCUGAUCGAAUAAAGCCUUUCGUCAGAAGAACCCCUUUAGAAAUUUCUUACUGGCUUAGUGAAGCAGGAAACGCAAGGGUAUAUGUAAAACUAGGUGAGUGUCACGAUUUGAUCAGCAAAGCAUUUGGCUGCGACCACCGGAGGCCAGGGGAGUUCCGAAGUUCGUUAGUGAGAAUUCAGGGAAUGUAAAUACAUUGUAAAUAAAUUAGUUAAUUAAUGAUCAUUCAAGUAUCCUUUUCUUUUCUCGAAUUUAUUCUGGUAUAUUUUCUGUAUUUUGCUGUAAAAAUAUCUCGAAAAUAUGUCAGUUAAAGGCUCUAGCACUGUAGCUCAAUUUUUCCGCCAGUCAUGAGAACUGGGAUGUCGAAGGCUAUAAUUAUGUGAACUCGUAUGGCAUGAGAUCAGGGCUGUCAAUCCCCCAUGUCUUCAAAUAUUGAGAUAGAUGACGUCAUAAUGCACAGUGUAUGACGUCAUUUUAAAAAAAGCGUGAAAAAGAUGUUGUUAGAAUAAUUGUAACAUUUGACCAAAUUGGUUUACUUCCACCAAUCACAUUAUUCCUUAUAUUACGAUGGCAUAUGGAAGUUUGUGAGGAAAUGGUCAGUGUUAACAGAAAAAUAGCUCAAAGAACGCAAAAUAUUUGAAAUUUCAUUGCUUUAAAGUCGAAUAUACAAGAAAUGGCAAACUUCGGCGAUUAUCCAGGAGAUUUCAGACUCUAAUUUGGAGACCGGGAGAAACGGUUCAAAAUCUGGAGUCUCCCGGAUUAUCUGGGAGAAUUGACAGACCUGUGAGAUCAAAGUUUAGAUUUGCAGGUAUGAGGCUAGUUGGCAGGUAUAUUAGCCUCAAAGCUAUAAUAAGCGGCAUCAAGAGUUUGUUUUAUAAGAAUGUGAAAGUGUUUUUUCUGAAUUAAAACACCUAUAAUAUCAAAUCAAAAUUUAGAUUAAAAUUAUUGGAAUCACCUAUUAUAGUCUAAGCAACACUGAUUCUUUAAUAUUAUUAUAAUUAGGACCAGGAAUUAAAAAUUGUUUCCAAUUUUUUUAGAUUUUUUUCACUUAUUUUACAGAGAGUGAGCAAACAACAGGUUCCUUCAAACUCAGAGGAGCUUUUAACAAACUUCUCAGUCUCAAAGAAUCAAAUGACAAUUCAUUUCUAAGCAAAGGGAUCAUAACAGCCUCCACUGGAAAUCAUGGAGCAGCCACUGUAAGUUUACCCUGGGUUCCAGAGGAUAUUUUUUUCUUUUGAUACUGAUGGUUUGCAGCAAAGCCGUGUUGUUCUCGUAUUGUCGAUGAUGCUUUUGACGUUUUGAUUUAAAAUAACUUUGACACCUGUUGCUUGAUAACCAGCUGCCAAAAGAAUGUCAAAUGAGACCCUAAGAAAAAAUUGUUCUUCUUCACCUGACAUGCCAAUACUUUCUGAAUUGCUGCUAAAAUUAAUCUUUCUUGACUGAUUAAUUUCAGAUUAGGUGGAACCUGGCCUGCAAAAAGGCUGGUUGCUACCAUUUUUGUGUUUGUCUGAACACACCAAAAUUUAAAUAGCAAAACUAACAUCCCUUUUUUCAAAUAAACAGCUCUUCUCAAAUAUCAGGGAUAAUCACUGAAGAAAAAAAAUCUGGAUGGUGUUUGAAACUUAGGGAAAGAGUUUUUCUUUCUGUCUUCUGUUGCAGGCAUAUGCUGCUAAUAAAGUUGGUGUUCCUGUUACAAUAUACGUUCCCCAGACCACUUCUCCUGCCAAGAUUAAGGCUGUGAAACAGCUUGGUGGGUCUGUGAGCUUUCAUGGAGAGGACUGUGUUGAAGCCGAAGUGAAAGCAAGGUCUGUCUCUAAGGUAAAAGUCUAUUAGUUUGCUUUUAAUGAAAUAAAGAAAUGAUUUUUUGCAAGAAAUAACCUGUCUAGACCAUACUGACAUACCAAUGGCGACCAUAGUUAUUAUUUUCUUGCAACAAUCCCUACAAUGCAGCUAUUCUUGCCAUGACCAGUUUGCUCAACAUGGCUAAUGGAAAAAAUAUUUUGGUGUCUAAAAUUGUGGCACUAGUUCACCAAUCUGGCAUCCUUUGUGUUUUUAGUCAUGUUUAUGGUAUUUCUAAAGCUUGCAUGUACAAUGGAACCUCGGUGUAAUGAACAGUUUUCUUACCCCAGUAAUAAUAAAAUGUAUGAAAAAGAACCAAUAUGACGAAACCUCAUUAUAGCGAACAAAUUUUGCCAGUCCCUUGACCCUUUGUUAUAUCGAAGUUCUACUUUUUUUCUUUUAAAUACUAUGCACUGUAGUUUUCUGUUUAAUAAGACCUUGUAUCGAGAUGUUAUGAUGUGCACAGCCGUUUUUUGAUUAUUUUAAUCCUGACAGUAGCAUUGCACAAAUUGUCUUUUUCUGUCUAUUGACCAAUGUUGUCUUAUCUAGUGAUCAUUUGAUAAUUUUGAGUUCCAAAAGGUGACUUUGAAAAAAAGUUGAAUUUGGAGCUAUUUGGCUCUAACCCCUACAUACCAAACUGCAAUGGUAGGAUCCUGCAGAUCCUUCGCAUAUGCUUACAAGCCUUCACAUGAGACAAUAAAAAUUAUACCAUUUCAAAAUUCAUGACUGUGUUUCCUUUUCUUGUUUCAGGAAAGAAAUAUACAUUAUAUGUCUCCUUAUAAUGACCUAGUUGUUGUUUCUGGACAAGGAACCAUUGGGUAAAUAUAAACCUUUAAUCUAAAUGUAAUGCAAAAAUAAAACUUUUAGGAUCAUGCAGUAAGCCAUUUAAGAGUAUUUUUCCAAACCCCUCAACUUCAAAGCAAGGCCAAGUGUUAAACCUUUCGCUUGUCAAUGAGGUUCAUAAUUUUAGCCUGUUCCAGGCGUUCAGAUAGUGGGGAGCGGUGCAAUCGCUUUCUUUACUUUGCACCGCUCUCUGCUAUCUGAACACUUGGAACAGGCUAUUUGCCUGUCAGCUAAAAAAUAUCAUAUCAAAGACUUCCUACUUACCUUAGCCUCCCACGCAGACAUUCUUAGGGGUUCGCCGUGGGGCAGAAAUACAUGCUAACCCCUAAGAACAUCCGCGUGGGAGGCUAUACUUACUGCUACCCUCAUUUUUAGAAAAAAGGCUUGGAGCAACUUGGAAAUGACCUGUUGCAAUUUUGUGAGUACUCCUGAUUGGUCGAGAGAGUGGUGUGAAAUCUUUUAGCCAUUCACUUGGGGUACAGCUGUAGUACUGUGACAAUGUUUCUCCCUGGGUCAUGGAGCGAACAGGGGUAGGGAAGAAGAGAGGGAAAAAAAGGUUAAAGGCUUAUUGUUUAUAGUGGAAAGUGCAGUUUUAUAGCUUAAGGCUGGUUUUCACUAGUUAUGUAGUCAGAGUUGGAGUUGCAAUCAGAAGUGUAGAGCAUUCUGAUUCUUCUGAUUCCAUUUAUGACUUUGUCGUUUACGAUCAAGUGAAAACUGGGUUGUCAGAGUCGCAAGGAGAAGUGUAAGAACUAAACCAAUCACAAAGUGUGGGAACAUGCAUUGUGAUUGGUUUAUCCUUCUGGUUCUGCUUCUGACUCUGACUAUCUGGUUUUCACCAGAUCAUAAGCAGAAUGUAAGCAAUGGAGUCGGAAAUGGAGUCAGAAAAAAAUGGAAACAUUCUGAUUCUUCUGGCUCCAAUUCCAUCACACUUAUGACUCAGCUUAUUACUAUGACUCAGCUUACGACUCCAACUCAGACUCCAUCGUUUGUGAAAACCAGCCCUUAUCCAGCUAGUUUACAAGCACUCCAUUUAAAUAAUUGAAAAUAAGUAAUUCAAAUAUAACAUAACUGCAAACAGGAUAAAAAAAAACCCAACUAGCAGAAGGCAACCAGUUGGCUACUGACAAGAAUGGCCAAGGGUUUUAAUCAACUUGGGACAACACAGAACAAAUCCUGCUAGUGGCCUGAGCGUGGAGUUGAACCCAGGACCACUAGAUUGCGAGUCUGACGUGCUAACCACUCAGCCUCACUGGUUACAAGGCUGGCGCUGCAAAACUAGAGCCAAAUCAUUUUGUCAAAACCGCUCUACUUGUUCAUUGCAGGGUGGAGAUUUUUCAAGAUUUGCCAGAUGUUGAUGCAGUUUUUGUUGCCGUUGGUGGAGGGGGGCUGGUAGGAGGUAUAGCUACUUAUCUGAAGGCUGUUAAACCCACAGUUAAGGUAAGCAGGAGAGCAAGAUGUCUUUGUGUGGCUUUGCAACUUUGGACAAAAUGCUUGAGACUUGUUCCAUCUAUUUUCUAAUUUAGUACCAUGCCACCAUUGCCUAGCAGAACAAAGCAAGCGCCCUGGCUGCUGACCGCCUAUUCAAUGUUGUUUUUGUCUUAAAAGUAAUGUGUGUAAUUCUGCUGUUACCCUAGACAACAGUCAGAACAAAAAGGGUAGGGGAGGAAAACGGUAACCGGCCAUCUCGCCACCAAACUCUCUCGCCACCAACGUAUUUGCUACCGAAAAGUCGACUCACCGCCAACCAACUGGCCACGAAAUGGUUUGGUGGCGAGAUGACCGUAAACCAGGAAAACGGUCACUUAUUUGACGACAGUUUGCAUUUCUGUCAUUUUCACAGGAAAAAUAUGUAUUUUUCUAAUGUGCCUCAACAAUUGUGGCCAAGGUUGUAGCUUUGUAAGCCAAAUCAACACAGUUGAAUAGCCGAAAAAUAAGAACUCAUGUGCACAUUCUAGUACUUGGCAGUUGACAUUAAGGUGAUGUUACACGAAACAAUUCGUAACAACGAUUUUUAGCGCAACACAGCGUUGCAAUAUUGUUGCGAUAUUGUUUUGAAUGAUUGCAACCUUGUUCCAACAUUGCAUCGUUAUGUUGCGCUAAAAAUUAGUCGUUGCCUAUCAUCCCGUGUAACAUCACCGUUAAGGGAAGCGACAACGGUUCAUUUUACUUUUGAUUGCUUGAAAAAGAGUCACGUGCAAUCUUUUGAAUCACAUCACCUAAAAACAAAGCAAUCAUCUUGAUUCUCUUGUAAAAUAAUAAUAAUAAUAAUAAUAAUGGUGAUAAUAUUAAAAACAAAAAAUAAUAACAACAAAAACAAUAGUAAUUAACAAUAGUAUUUUAGUAGGGCGCCCACUUCAACUCACUUCACGAAUACAUGUAGGUGCUAUUAAUUUUAGUGCGGCCCUCAAAAGAACUCAAAAAGAGCUUUUUUUCUUUUGCUUAUAUUUCUACGUAGAUUAUUGGCUGUCAGCCGUCUCAGUCUGCCGUGAUGUCAGCAUCCGUGCAGGCGGGGAAAAUUUUGGAUCUGCCAUCAGGCAACACGCUUUCAGACGGUACAGCUGGUGGAGUGGAGGAAGACUCGGUAUGAGUAAUGAUGAUAACCACAUUGCAGUGGAGAUCCGUUAAUAUAACCACCGUUGGUCUAUGUAAAUUUGUUUAGUGUAACAUACAAACCGUCAGCGUAAUCUAUUGACUAACUUUAGAGAGCUUACGCAACUGCGACGGCGAGGGCAGCAAAAACGUCACUUAAAACGUGAACUCACACUGUUUUCAAUUUCAUGCCAAUUAUAAAUUCCAGUUAAUUUUUAACAGUUUGUAAAAUACAGGCGAAUUUUUCUGCAGUUGAAAUCUCAUGGGCCAUACCCAUCAUGUGAAAAAUCAAAAUCUGGCGCAUGAACUAAACCCCGGGACACCCGAACAUCCCAGGACACCUAACAGAUCAGGGUUAGGGUUUCUAUUUUUCAUUUUACAUAUACACUACUGCCAGGUUUUUGGGUGAAGGCGUAUUCCUGAGUGUUCCGGAGUGUUCUGGGGUGUUCAUGUGUUUUGAUGCUCCGGUUUUUAGAACAUUCGAAAAUCGAGACCGUAGACUGGACUACAACGACAAAGAAUACACACCUACACACAAGAACUUGACCAACUUAUCCUACCAUCGUCGGGCCUCAGGCUUGUUCAGUCACGCAUAGUUACCAUAGCUUUUGUUUCAUGCUGUCAGGUGACGUUUGAUCUUUGCAAAUCUCUCGUUGAUGAGUGGAUUCUGGUAACAGAGGAGGAAAUUAGCAAAGCUGUGUACCUGUUCAUGGAAAAUCACCAUAAGGUACGUAAGUUAUCUAACAACACUUUGAGACACUUUGCCCUAAAGAGCCUCUUUUCGGUUUUGCCAACUAUAAAAGGGGAAAAUAAAACUUUUCCUCUCCCACCCCCUCCAUGUAAUAUUGUGCCGCUGUUCGAGCUUCCUCUGGAAAACAACAAAGACCCAACUUUGAAGUAAGGGUAAGGGGGAGGGGUGAGGAUUGUUUUUGUUCUCCGAAGUUACCCCCAUUUGAGGAUAAUGUUUCAGCUAUUUUGUCGCCGAUUGAAGUUAUAGAGACUGCUACUAAAGACACACUAAUAGCUGAAAUAUUCUAUACGUGUAAUUCUAAAUAAAACUAAACCAUUAUUCAGAGGUUUAUUUGACUCCAAUGUGGUUUUAGGUUUUUUAAAGUAAUUCCAAAAACUCAUGACACAGCUCCCUCAAUCCUUAAUAGUAAUUUCCUCUCUCCGCCUGCUGGCAUUUUUCUGUUUCUGGUCUUCUUUUCAUCCCACUAUAUUCCCCACGAGAGAGUCUACUCAUACUUUAUAGACUGAAUGACCCAAAUGGUUAGGUUUUCUGCUUGUUUAAUGUCUAUUUUUCUGUAACCUUUUAUCAGAUUGUCGAAGGAGCGGCAGGAGUGGCCUUAGCAGCAUUUUUGAAAGAACACGAGAAAUUCAGAGGGCAAAACGCGGUGAUAAUUUCUUGCGGAGCAAACAUAAGUAUGGACAAAUUAAAGGACGUAAUUUUACAGUGGGCAUAAGUUGAUUAGAAUCAUUAGUUAGGUCUUCUUUCAAAUUCAAAAUUUCAACAACGGCUACCGUUUUUGGAUGUCCUCAAGAAACGUAAAACCUGUGGAAAACUGGACUAAGUUCGUCAAGUGUAAACGCAUAAAAACUUAUGGGUCAAGUUCUAUGACUUCACACAUGAACGACUGUAAACGGGUUUUUCAUACUAGCAAUCCUUGUGUGAACUUCUUCCAUAUAUCUGGUUUUAAAGAACUCGCGUGACGUGGAGCGCGAGCUUUUUAUAAUACGAUGCGCUCGUUCGGACCACUCGUAGCCUG